UCUUCAUUCCCAUCGUCACUCCCUAUUAAUUAGUUUCAAGAAAUAUUUUUUUUAAAAAAAAAAACAUAAAUGGGAAGGCCUACUAAUUAUAAUAAUGGGUACACAGAGAAGUUGCAGCCCUCAUCAAGGAGGAGGUCAUUUUGGGGUGGCUGCUACGAUUAUGAAGAAAAGGAAAAACAGAGAACUGGAGGGGGAUCUCUUGUUUCAAGGAACAAGUCUUUUAACUGGACCCCCAUUGCCAAGAAAACAACAGCUGCUGCUAAUACUACCACUCCAGGAAUGAGGAGGGUGGAGAGGAGUAGCAGGCCGCGGUUGAGUAACCAGUCGCGACGACAGGAAAUCGAUCGGCGCGACAACUUCACCCCGCAAGAAGAGGAACUCCUCAUCAAGCUUCACGCCACCAUCGGUGCCAGGUGGACAAUAAUAGCACAACAGUUGCCGGGGAGAGGGGAGGGGGAGGUGAAGAACGUGUGGAACACAAAGCUGAAGAAGAAGUUGACUGCUAUGGGGAUCGACCCCGUCACCCACAAGCCCUUCUCUCAAAUACUCUCCGACUACAUGGGAAACGUUGCACCACCUGGCGGCGGCGGCGGCGGGGGAUUCUCUCCGUCAUGCGAUGAUUCCUCCCCCGCCCCCCAGCUGCAGCCCCCCCACUUUAAAGCCACACUCAAGACAACAAUAAUGAGCAAUAAUUACACAGAACCGCCGCUUGGGGACGGUAAUAACGGGGGCAACUAUACCGACCUCCUGUCGGAGCUCCAAGCGAUCAAAUCGAUUGCGAAUUACUCGGUUCCCGGUCGUCCCACUCCGUCUUCUUCGCUCUCGUCGUCUUCCUCCCUCCAACCCCCUGUUUUGUUACCCGCUAGCAGCGGGAAUAAUAAUAAUCAUGAAGAAGAAGAAGAGAUGGUGAGGAAUGAUGACUGCAUGAACAGUUCAUCGCCGGCAGCGGGUUUCAGCUGGUGUGAUUUCCUGCUUGAAGAUGCAUUCUUGCCGGGCGGGGGCCCACAAGAGCCACAGGGAGAGCAUGAUCACGAGGGAGGGAGGACUAAUUCAUCAUCAUUAAACGACGUCGUCGAUCAUCUUGAAGCUGCUGCUGCGUCUUCUUCAUCGUCCUCGUCAUUUGUGGAAGCAAUGCUGUCUCGGGAAGAAGAGAACAUGCUGUUGUUGCGCAACUUAGCAGCAGCAUCCGUGGAUCCCACCCCGAAUAGCCUGCAACAACCCAUCUCCUCCUCCUCCACCGCCGCCGGCCACCGCCACCCCAACCCAGAUCCCACCCGCCCCUCCACCACCAUCCGCUCAAUCUCCCGGCACUUCUCCAAUCUCUACUCCAAUCACAAACACCUCCUCUCAAAAGCGUCCUUAAAGGAUGGCCGUCUCGUUGACUCUUCUUGCCCGGCAGCUCUGACCAAGUCAAAGAGCCAACAGCACGGCGGCGCAAAUUCGCAGCCAAUCAAGAAGAAAUCCCACAAAGAACAAGACCCGGACUUUAUAAUCCAGAAAAGCGGCAGUGGCGGAGGAGGCGAUGAAACCAAGAAAAGUUCAGCCGAUCCAGAUGCGAAGGCGGCGGUGGACGAUUACGAGGGGGCGGAGAAGAGACGACCGUCCCAGUCGCAAGAAACGGGCGGCGGUGGAGGAGGGCGGAGAAGGUCAUUCUCCAGCUCGGAGAUUGAGCUGGCAGAUUUCUUGUCUUGCAAUAGCGCCAAGGUUGUUGCUGUAGACAUGCCUCCAUUUAUGCAGAUUCAUGCUGUGGGUUGUGCAAGAAAGGUUUUUGAUAGCUUAGAAAAGUUCACUUCCAAGGCCCUUGCUUUCUCUCUCAAAAAGGAAUUCGAUGGGGUAUAUGGACCAGCCUGGCACUGCAUAGUUGGUAAAAGUUUUGGGUCUUUUGUUACGCAUUCAGUGGGUGGUUUCAUAUAUUUCUCCAUGGAUCCUAAGCUUUAUGUGCUCUUGUUCAAGACCACUGUACAUAGAGCUGACUGAUGCCUCACAAUCCCACCCCCACCAUUUCAGUUUCUCUGAAACCCCCUUAAUUUUUUUGAGAAGAAGAUAUAGAGCAUUACUCGCAUGCUGCUGUUGUUCUAACAUAUGUGCGCCAUUUGUCCGUAGUUUGUAUGUACAUUUGGUUUUUUCCUGGGUCAAGAAAAGCAUGGUGUGGUCAUUUCCCCCGCCGGCUCUGUAUCUGUUAUAUAGCAAAUUCAUUUUAUAAUUGAAUCAAAUCAUUAUUGUUUU